CUAUCUAUCGGUGGUAUCACUCGCUGUCCUGCAGCUCGGCCGCCUUGUCCUUCUUCUUUUUCUUCUUGGCGCCCUUCGGCAAUUCCUCCUACACACACACACACGCACACAGGUUGAAUGCAGUCAGUCAUGUCCAUCGGUCCGUCCCUCCUUUUCUUCUGUGUGUACCCACCGCGUCGUUGUUGAGUCCGUUGAGCUGUGCUGUGUGUAGCGGCUUCAUGAAUUGCGACUGCAGCCCUCCGCCCUUCUUAAAGGCACCGUCCUCACGCAACUUCUUGAACAGCUUGAGCGUCUCGUGGAACCGGCUCCCGCUCAACACACCAUACUCGAUGCAGUACCUGCAGGCGCCAUACGCAGGCAACACACACACACACACACACGGGAAUGUCCGUCUCUCUGUGGACAGCCAGGUUGGUGGGCUUCUGAGGAUUGCAGCGUACUUGAUGGCUAUGAGGCUGGUGGGGUUCUCAUCCAGCAGCGACUGGUAAAACGCACGUGUGCCGUCACCCUGAACAUACACACAACACAGACAGACAGACAGACAUGCACACAUAUAUCUACAUGUGCGCCAGCCGCUGUCGGUUCUCUUCUUGCAUGUGUGUGUACGUACGUUUGGUGGCGUGAUGUUCUUCUGUCCCUCUUUGAACGUCCGCCGCGCAUCCCUGGGGUCGAUGGCUGGCUCCUCGUCCUCCUCGUUGUUGUCAUUGUCGCCGUCCUCACUGCCCUGCGCCUUCUUCUUCCUCCCCUUCGCCCCUCCCCCGCCCCCUCCCCUCUUGGCCGCCGCCUUGCCCCGCGGCGCACCCGCAGCCGCCUUGGGCUUGCUGGCCUUCUUGGCCUUCGGGGACACCUCGUCAGACACCUCCUUCUUGUUCUUCUUGGGCGGCAUCAGCGGCUGCUCGUCGUCGUCGUCGUCGUCCUCGAACACCGCUGCUGCCACUGCCUGCACACGCGUCACAACACAGGCAGAGAAAGAUAGACCUCGGUUGAAGCAUCUGUUGGGUUCGUGUAUCUCUUCGUCUCCCCUUCCGUGGUCUCUGUGCUCGUCAUACCUUGGGCGCCGCGUUCUUGGCAGGUUUGUCGUCCUUGCCGUUGUCAGCGGGCGCCUCCCGUGGCUUGGCUGCCGCAGCAGCCGAUGCGAACGCUGGUGGAGGAGGGGGAGGCUGGCGGCUUGGCGGUGGUGCGUCAUCAUCUUCGUCCUCGGAGUCGAAGAUGCGGCGGCGCUUCCUCUUGCCGAUGUCCUCGUCCUCACUGUCAGACAUGAUUCAAGCUGCAGCGGUUUCAGAGAGCGCGAAG